AUGACAAAGUCUAAUAUUUCGAGGAGGGAAAACCAACUAGAAGCAGAUGAGAACACUGCUUCACACCCACACAUGGUAGGACAAAAUAGCGCAGGAGGAGGAAGACCUACGUGCCUCCAGAUUCUACAAUUCUUGGACAUAGAACACGGAAGAACAGUAGCACAGAGAGAUCUGAAAAUGUUCUCUCUAGCCUUCCCAGAAUGGCGUGACCUUGAGCCACGCGGCAAAUUAUUCCUUAUAAUGAAGGAAUUAUCCACGCGCAGGGGCCCGAGAGCCAAACGAAUUAACGCACCUUUGCACACCCUGAUCUACAGUGAUGGGACACCACUAGAGGAAUGGACUGAAGAAUUCUAUGAUGAAGUAAUAGAAGACUUGCUUCAACGCAUUGAGAGAGAACGCAAAUCCCCUCUUGGAAACGUUCCCAAAAAAGGAAAUAAUACGUGGUACGAAUGGUUCGCAGGGUUUUCGGUAUAUUUGUGGGAGGGAACCUAUUCAUUCGAAGACGUUGCGGUAGAGUUCCAGUUGAAAACAAUGGUAUAUCCAAGAAGCUUUUCAGAAAUUUGGUUAAUGUCACCAAGGACGUUUGCGGAUGCACUUCGACGCUUACUCUUAGAAUGCAAGAGACUAGAUACAGUGUAA